UUUUUUUUCAAUUCAAGUUUUGAAAGAAAGCAAGAAAGCAGUGCUGUCGCUAAACAAAACUAAACAAAAAGAUUAUUAUAAAAACAAAACAUUAGCCGAGCCGCGAUAUAGUUGGUGUGAUUUGUUUUUUUAUGUUUGGUGUUCUUAUUGUGCUCGUGAGCAGGUGACAAACAGACGGAAACAAGUGGUCCAAAGUGGUCCCAUCAGUCCCAUUGGAGCUGCCCGAAAUCGCAGUACUCCCGGAGUCCAGUUUUCCGGGGCACUUCCCCCGCCGAAAGCCCCGCUCAACCCCCAGAGCCCAGAAACACCAGCCGUACAUUAGGGGUUGCAAAAUUUUUGCAGCCAGUUCGGAAAAGUCGAAGGAAACGGAAAAUCGUGUGUGUUUGUUUUGAGGGGAAGGAAAAAUAAGGGAAGCGCGCAAAAGAGCACUGCCCCCUUAGGAAAAUCCAAGCGGAAUCGGAAGGGGAAUCCUCCGCCGAAUCCUUGAGAGAAUCCCUUUCGCGUGCCAUGCGUGACCUCGGCACCAAAAUGGCCGAGCUAAAAUUCGAGGCUCCGUUGGCGAAGUUCGAGGAGACGGACGAGUGGGGAGGCUGCGACUUCAUCUCGAACCAGAACGCCCUCAACGACACGCUCAACCUGAAUCUGAAGGACUCCUCCUCCUCCUCCUCCGGCGGCAAGCCGGAUGCGGCCAAGCUGCGCCUCCUGGAGGAUGCUGUGCGCGAUGCUCACGUGAGCAAGAAUGGAGGAGGCGGUGGCGGUGGCGGAGGAGCUGGCUCCAUCAGCCCCAAUUGCAAUACGCUGCAGGGCGGCGGUUCGGUCAUAGAUCUCGGCCUGUCCGAUGUGGGCCUGGUGCCAGGCGAGGGCUCCGGCUCGGGUUUGGAUGGCCUGGAGAAGCGCUCCCUGGCCGCCGGCGAUCAUGUGGACAACUUUACGGAGACCUUUGGCGGCAGUCUAGAGGAUCUGGUCAACACGUUCGACGAGAAGAUAACCAAGUGCUUCGGCAACUACGAGGAGAACGUCGAGGAGUUGGCUCCGGUGCAGGUGCGCAGCCAGGAGGAGAUCAUGAAUGAAUGCCAAAUGUGGUGGACCAUCACUGGCAAUUUCGGCAACAUUCUGCCCAUCGACUGGUCCAAGUCGUACACCCGUCAGAUGCACAUGCCCACCCUGAAUCUGGGCCAGAACCACACAAAGCAGCAGCAGCAGAUGCGCAACCAGCAGCAGCAGCUGCAAAGCCAGAGCCAGCAGGCGUAUCCACACAGCAACGGUUCGGGAUCUGGAGGAUCCGGGCUGGAUGCCCAGACACCGGGCGAUGAGUUCAACGAUUUGGCCAGCGAGGACGAGGCGGUGGCCAACGACCUAGACAUGCACGCCCUGAUCCUCAACGGAUUGAAUGGGGAUAUGGACGAUCAGCCGAUCAAGACGGUGGAGGAGGUGAUCAAGGAGAUCGACGACAUCAUGGACGAGGCCGAGAGCCCACUGGACGAGCCGGAUAACUGCGAUUCGGAGGUCAUCGAGAAGGCGCGAGAGGUCCUGGGAGCGCCCCUUUAUGCGGAAAAACUGCAAUAUCUGACCACGACACAGUUGAAUGAAUUGUACAUGGAGAUGGAGGUGCUGAUCCAGGAGCUGAGCGAGACCCUCAUCAACGAGCUGGCCCUGCGCGACGAGCUGGAGUUCGAGAAGGAGCUGAAGAACUCCUUCAUCUCGCUGCUCCUCGCUGUCCAGAACAAACGGCGGCAAUACCAUGUGGAGAAGAAGCGCGGCAAGUUCCAGGGUCCCGAACCCAAGUACUUGACCACUGUCAUUCCGUAUCACCUGGAGAACGGCACGCCCAACAACCAGUCCCUACAGGUCCUGAUCAAGAUUCUCAAGGCCAUCAACGAGGACAGCCCGACAGUUCCGGCCCUCCUCACGGACUACAUCCUGAAGGUUCUUUGCCCCACAUAAGCGCCAUAAGCGCAACUGCAGUUGCCGAGGAGCAGGAACCCCAGCUAUCGCUCUAUCUCUCUGUCUGUGUUUAUACAAUUAUGCCGUACAUCUAUAUACAAGUUGCAUAUACACACACACACACACACACAUAAUUUAAUAAUUAGUUUGUACUUUAAAUUAUUGUUUAAAUACUGGGGCAAAGCGCAUUUGUUUGCCUUGAGACGAAGAAGAUUUCCACAUGAACAGGAGUACGCCAGGAAUCUCUAGUGAUGCGAGGAACAUUUCUUUGAGUGUCUUUUGUCAGGCAUCCAAAUUGGAAUUUUUCCAUCACCAAAGUCCCUUCUUUGGCCGUUAACCGAUAGAACAAACAAAAAUAUGCAACAAAAUAUACAUGUAAUACAUAUAUAGACACUUAUAUAUAUAUAUAUAACUAACGAAAUAUUUACGGAGAGAGCGCGCUAUAAGGAAUUAGCCAGUCCUCCACAUGGCAAUAAUACUCACUGCUCCGUCGCCUCUUUUUCUCCCAAUAACGUCGAAGAAGAUAUUUAUACUAAAGAUCAUUAUUCGUAUUGUUAUAGAGCUGACUCCAACUAAGCUUACAAAAUAUACUGAUAUGAUAAAUGCAUCCGAGGCCAGUUGCAAGUCUCCCCGCAACCGACAAAGCUUCAAAUAAUCCAUCUAUAUGUGUAAUAUCCAAAUCGCAAACCGUAUACCGCUUGCAUUUUGUUCGCCCAGCUUUCUGCAAUCGAACGAUCGGGCUUAUCUGUGUGUUCGGCAGCCAAUCCAAUCCAAUCCAAUCCAAUCCCUAGUUUGUACAAUAAGUAACAUGUAUGUAAUAUAUAACUUGAUUGUAAGAGGUGUAUGGCCUGUAUAUGUCCCUGUCCCUGGAAAAUCCGCCGUUUCCAAAUGUGUUCUGAGUGCAAUUUUUAUCAUUUGAGAGGGGCAUCAGAAUCAGAAUCAGUUGAAGUAAUUGUUUUCGCUUCGCUUUAAGUUUUACUAUACCUAAUUUACUCAUUUUUAUUGUUUUUACGAGGCCAUAAAAUGCGUUCUGUUUUGUUCAAAACAAUUGUUUAAUGUAAAUGAAGGAAACACAAAUUUAAUUUUAAUUUGCAUAGAAAACGCUGUGUUAUUUACUUUUACCAAACAAGCAUAUAUAAUAACUAUUAAAAUAAAAGAAAAAAAUAGCUAAAAAUCAGUCAGGCGCACAGUGCUCUUCUUUUUAUUAUGAUUACCAAUAAAAAAAAUAUCUUUUUUCUUUACCUUUUAAGCUACCAGUCACACUAACAAAGCAAACUUAAAACAAUAAGCGAUUAAGGAGGAAUAAAAGUAUAAAACAUACAUAUAAAGUUGCGUCAAGUCCAAAAAGAAUCACACUUAUAUCAUGUUUCACAUCUCACAAGACAAAAACUAAAGGAAAUGGAGCUGAAAAAGCAAAAAGGUCGAAAGUUCGAAAUUUCGAAAUUUCCAGCCCAUUUAAUCGGCUCUUCAAGUAGAAGGAUAAUUGAAUCACAUCUAAUGCAAAUCUUAGGUACCUUUGUUAGUAAACGAUAUGCAAGACAUACAUACCCUGAAAUUGAAAACCUAUAUAAAAGACAACACACACAAGUGAAACUGCAUAAAUGUUUACGACUCCAUAUACAAAAUAUAAAUGUAUAUCAAAUACGGUCGCGCUUUAUAAAUCAAAUGAAAACGUAUUUACUGAAACGCAAAACUUUAAAUGGAAUAUGACUUUGUUAGGUCUCUGCAAAGUAAACAAAGAAAAACAAAAAACAAAGGCUAUAUAAAUCAUAUAAUAUGAUACAAAAUUAAGAAGGAAUCCCUUAACUGUACGUGUAUUUGUAAAUUAUUUGAAGAGUCCAUGUUAAAGUCGAAUGAAAAACAAAUAAAUGACAGCCUAGAAUGGAAA